AUGAAAUAAUAAAUACUUUAUUAGAGAUGUAUACUGUCUCUAAAUGUCAAAUUACACAAAAAAAACUAUGAUAAAAAAAUAAAACCAUAAAAUACUAAAAUUCUUUAGAGAUGUAUAAGUCUCUAAGUGUCAGAGAUAAAAUAUAAAAAAUAUAUUAAAUUAUCCUUAGAGAUGUAGAGGGUCGCCAAGGCUUGAAUUCUUAUAUAAAUAAUUAAACACAUGACUAUUGACAUUGAACUAUUACUACUAACCGUUACAUGAAGUAAUGAUAACUCAAUGGCAGUUGAAGACUCAAAAACGUCUUUCGUCUCUUAAGCUGAAGCAUUACAAUAUUGCUAUCACCUAGCAGUUUCUAGUCACUAAGUAGGUAACAGAUCUUUUUUUUAAAUUAGCCUUCAUUAUCACCAGUUUGCUGUUACCCACGCUUCAUCCAAGUUUCAGUACCCUCAGUAUUUUAAAUCUGCAAUAUUGCAACCAUAUAGAUAUCGCAUGCAGAAUCCACCUCCAUGACUGAAGGCAAAUCGUCGGAGUUACACAACGGAUGCGUGCAGAAAGUUGCAGCACUAUUUGAGAUGCGGCAUGGAACUCGUUAUUGACAAAGUUUGCAGUUGUUGCAGGCGUAGGUUUUUAAAAGUUAUUUUGAUUUCAAUGUCUGUGUUACCAAAGUUAAACCCGUAGCUUUAAUAUGUAAUAAAUCGUGAUAAAACAGCAAAUUUUGUUUUAUAUAUCACAAUGGUCAAGACCCGUUCAAUCGACUACUAAUACCGUCUAUUUAUUUUUUAGGAGUUUUUUAGGAGAUAUAAUGAUCAUUGCAUUUCCACGCUUUUCUAGGUACAAAGCCUACUGGAGAGAGAUCUCUCAUUAUUUUUUACGUUUAUUAAUCAAUUAAAUACCACUUUGAUGAACGUUUUUUGUUGCAGAUAUGGACCUUCAAGCAUAUUUAGUGAACAAGUUUGCAACCUGGCACCCCCCACCGCCGUUAGUGACAGGCAGAACCAAGCGUGACGUCACUUUGAGCUGGUCUACGGAGCCUUUUGAUUUUCUGGAAGGAGACCUCUUGUUUUGGGUUCAGAAGAAAGAAAAAAUGCCGCCUUGGGUAGUUGUGUACAGCGGUGGUAAGACAUCAAAAACUAUUGACAAUCUGGCCCCAAGACACCCUCACAAAUUUCGCAUUAAAGUUAUUUUAAAAGCAACUGCAGUGCAAACCCUAGCUAAAAGAGCCCUUGAACAUUUUGGCAAUGAAAGCACUGUUUACGAACACAUUGAAGUUUUUAAUGAUACAAAUAAAGAAACUAAAAAGAACUCUGCAAAUAAUGAAAACACUAAAACUUCUGAAAAUAAUACCAUCCCAGAAAAGAAUUUAAACAUCGAAACAAAUAAACCGCAAAUAAAUCUUAGGGGUAAUGGUGACGUCUCUGGCCACGUUAAUGAUAAAAAAGAAGAAAUUGAAUUCCGAAUAAACAACAACGAUGCUGCUGGAGAUGUGUGCAAUCAAGAAAACACUCAAAUCAGUUCUCAGAUCGAGACCUCAAGUAAGAAGUGGCUAGAAUCACAAUGGUCUGAAGAGACAAGUACGAGUACUGAUACCGACGGUACUUCUGUUAUUUGCUUCUGCAUGGCUGUCCGAUGCGGCUAUCUUAAACAGGUACAGGCUAUGCUAGAAGAAAGACCAGAUCUGAUCGAGAUUGUCAACUCCACUAACGGUUUUACUCCUCUUGCUACGGCUGUUAGGAAAGGAGACAUAAACACCGUUAAGUUCCUAUUAACAGCUGGAGCAAACGUGAACCAACCAUCUUCUAGCGGACAGACGCCAUUACACCUGGCUACCCUCGAAGCUCGCGUGGCGCUGGUCGACUUGCUAAUGGACAAUGGGGCAGACUUACAGGCGCGCGAUCUUAACGGUCUCCGAGUAGAACACUACGCGGUAGACGCCGGAAGCCCGGAGAUGCUCACUCACAUUCUGCAGCGAGGCGGAGACUUGACUGUGAAGGACAAUAAUGGAUGGACCCCUCUCUUCAGGGCUGUAACGCAAGGAGCCUCGACGGAGCUGAUCGAACUCUUGGUCUUAUCUGGGAGCGAUGUAACAACCGCCGACUAUGCUGGACUGGGCUUGCCUUCCGCCGCCCGACUUCUACAUAAUCGGCAUGGCCGCGACCGCGACUCGAUCCUGCGUCUAAUCGACUCCCAAUAUCCUCACGAGCAAGCCGUUGCCAACUUCACUCGCCUCACCAAGAAGAUAUCCAGCUUGCAUACAAUGCUCAAAUGACGUCCGUUCUGUACAAAGCCUAGGAGUAAUACUCCUCUUAUAACAACUCCCACUGAAGAAUUGAGUGUUCAGAAUAAUGAAUCAGGAGAAGACCGCCUGUUUUGCUCCAGCUCUAGAAGUGGCACGCCUCUAGUUGCAACUCCUACAGAAGAAUUGAUUCAACAGGCUGGAACUUCAGCAUUGGAAGAGCAGUUGGAAACUUAGAUUUUAUAUUCUGAUGAAUUGUGAAUGACUUCUUUGAAGCUGAGAUCGAUAUUGUACGAGUAUAUAGUGUGUAUUUUAAAUAUAAUCGAAAACUUAUACUAGACGUAGGUUGCUAUAAGACAAUUCUGAAAGAUUUUUUAAUUUGGUCUUAACUACCAGAGCGUAAUUAUUUUUUGAAAAUAUUUAAAUACACGUUGUAUUACUCUUACUUAUUGAUUUCAGCUUUUUAGAUCGGAUUUCUUAAAAGGUUAGAUUUAGCAUUAAAUAACUUUUUAAGUAAAUGCGCAACGCAUGGGUUGUGGACGAGCGUAUGUGACAGAACGUUCAUACAAAUCUGUUCCCGUAAUAUGUAUAAAACAGUUGAGCAGCAAAAGUUUCUCUAGCAUGUCUAGUUAUAUAGUGAGUAUGUUAUGUUUGACGUGCUGCUCUUGGUAUGAAACUAUUAUGUACUUAUUUUUUUUUAACUCCGCUAACUCCGGAUUUUAUAUUUAAUUUGUUUAUUUAUAAGUAAUAAGUAAUUAAUAGCGUUGUUGUAACACGGACAUUAUAUUUACCAAAUAUAAUCCACCAAACGAUUGAAAACUAUGACAUAUCACUGACAUUUUAAAUAUCGAUCGUCCGAGAUAGUAAUAAACUCAUACUAAAUACUAAUCAAUAAAU